AUGGCUGGUAACAACUUGUUCCCUGUUGCAUCAGGAACCGUUAUUACUCUCACUUGUAACCAAGGAUACCAAAUCAGAGGAGAUAAGGCAAUUACUUGUACUGAGGGGAGAGAGUUCGGGUAUUCAACCCAACCUAGAUGUGAUAAAUGUCAAGCUGGUACAUAUCGGGACUCUUCUCUAACAGACUGUACAAGCUGUGAACAGAACUACAUCAGUGAACAAGAUGGAGCUGGAGAAUGUAGUCCUUGUUCUCCGGGAACUGUCUCCAACCAACAAAACACUCUGUGUGAUAAAUGUCAAGCUGGUACAUAUCGGGAGACUUCUCUAAAAGACUGUACAAGAUGUGAACAGAACUACAUCAGUGAACAAGGUGGAGCUGGAGAAUGCAGUCCUUGUUCUCCGGGAACUGUCUCCAACCAACAAAACACUUUGUGUGAUAAAUGUCAAGCUGGUACAUAUCGGGACUCUUCUCUAACAGACUGUACAAGAUGUGAACAGAACUACAACAGUGAACAAGAUGGAGCUGGAGAAUGUAGUCCUUGUUCUCCGGGAACUGUCUCCAACCAACAAAACACUCUGUGUGAUAAAUGUCAAGCUGGUUCAUAUCGGGACACUUCUCUAACAGACUGUACAAGCUGUGAACAGAACUACAUCAGUGAACAAGAUGGAGCUGGAGAAUGUAGUCCUUGUUCUCCGGGAACUGUCUCCAACCAACAAAACACUCUGUGUGAUAAAUGUCAAGCUGGUACAUAUCGGGACUCUUCUCUGACAGUAUGUACAAGCUGUGAACAGAACUACAUCAGUGAACAAGAUGGAGCUGGAGAAUGCAGUCCUUGUUCUCCAGGAACUGUCUCCAACCAACAAAACACUCUGUGUGAUAAAUGUCAAGCUGGUUCAUAUCGGGACUCUUCUCUAACAGACUGUACAAGCUGUGAACAGAACUACAUCAGUGAACAAGGUGGAGCUGGAGAAUGCAGUCCUUGUUCUCCGGGAACUGUCUCCAACCAACAAAACACUUUGUGUGAGCCUUGUUCAGAGGGUACCUACAGAUCUGAAGAUAUGACAGCAUGUGCAGUUUGUGGUCCGGGGAAACAGAUAAACGAUAACAGAGAUGAGUGUGUGCGGUCUUGUGAAGGGCUGCUCGUGGAGAACUCCCAGCUGCUGGGUAAAGAAGUGCGUGCUGUGGAGAAUACAGUUGUCAUGGUCUCGUGUCUGGCAGGGUACUCUCUGAUUGGCUCAGAGCAGGUCUCGUGUCAAACAGAUGGAACCUGGACAACUGUACCAACUGUCACAAACGAGCAACAGAACAAACCAGGCAGUUCAGGCACAUACCAGUCCUCCUCCCACUCCUCCACCACCUACCAGACCACCCAACAGUUCCCCGUAUCCUCCCAACCCUCCUUCGCUCCGGGCCAGCAGUACACCCAGACUGGGCAGGUUCCCCAGGUUCAGCAGGGCCAGUUCAGUAACCAGACCCAGUUCAACCAGCAGUACCAGCAGCAGUACCACCAGGCCCAGCAACAGAGGCAGCAGCAGCAACAGCAACAGUUCCAGCAGCAGCAACAGCAGCAGCAGUACACUCAGCAGUACGAUCAGCACGGCAACUACGUACCUCAUAAUAACAACAGGUUCUGA